AUGGCGGUCGAAGAAAUGCAGCUCUCAAAUGGUGUGAUGGCUACCGGUCACAUGGGAGGUAUGCAAGGUACAGCCAUGAGUCUAGGACCACAACGAAUGAGUUUCGCCAUCCAUGAGAUUCUCGGUCUUCAAGGCAAUGCUUAUUUAUCUCAUGGAUACUGUCCACAAGGCUUUUUUCCACAGCAGAAUUUUGCUGUCGAUAUCGGCUCAUGCACGUCGUUCGACAGAUCACUUUGCGGAUCAGACCAGCUGGUUGCAGGAACACAUACAGGUACUCAUAACAGUUACACCAUGCCGGUCUCAGCGUCCCAUUCGAUGCCAUCCGACGAAGGGAGCAAUCAUCAAAGUUCAGGUGGAAAAAGCAAGCGCAAGAAGCGAAGGCAUAGGACAAUCUUCACGCAAUACCAGAUCGAUGAAUUGGAGAAGGCUUUCCAGGAAGCUCACUAUCCGGACGUUUACGCUCGAGAAAUGUUGGCCGUGAAGACGGAACUACCCGAAGACCGGAUUCAGGUUUGGUUUCAAAACCGACGAGCAAAAUGGCGAAAAACUGAGAAAACUUGGGGAAAAAGCACAAUCAUGGCAGAAUACGGUCUUUACGGUGCAAUGGUACGGCAUUCACUUCCUCUACCAGAUACGAUUACAAAAACGGCUGAGACUUCGGAUCCUCAACAAAGCGCCGCGCCAUGGUUACUU